AUGUUAUUUAGAUUAUUGACAAUAAUAAUCUACUAUUAUUUAGGAUUUCAUCCUUGGUAUGUUCAUUUACUAUCAUUAGAAAAUAACAUACCUAACAAUCAAGAACACUAUAAAUCAAUAAUUAAUUAUAAAUCAGAAAACAAAGAUGACAAUAGUUCAUCAUUAUAUGAUGAAUUUAUUAAAGAAUUGCCAAACCCAAUAGCAUUCAAUAUUUGGUAUGACAAACUUGAAUCUUUAAUAAUAAAAUACAAUGAGAAUUGUUUAAUUGGAGAAGUUGGAAUUGAUAGAUCAUUUAAAUUAAAAAAUCCAAAUAAUAAUAAGAAAUUAUCAAAUUAUCAAAUAUCGAUUGAUCAUCAAAUAUUAAUAUUAGAGAAACAAAUUGAAUUAGCAAUUAGAUAUGGUAAAAGCAUUAGUUUACAUUGUGUACAAUCAAGUGGAAAAAUUGUUGAAAUUUUAAAAAAGUUACAACAAAAAAAUACUCAACAAAUUGACAGUAUUAAUAAUGAUUUACAGUUGAAAAUAUGCUUUCAUUCAUUCUGUGGAUCAAUUGAUACAAUAAAACUUUUAUUAUCUUUAAACAACAGUCCUAAAAAGAAUAAAAAGAGUAAAUUAUUAUCGAUAGAAUGUUAUUUUAGUUUUAGUAAGGUUAUAAAUGAAAGAUUGUCAAAUAGAUUGCACGAUCUGAUAAAAUUUGUGCCAGAGGAUAGAUUAUUAGUUGAAUCCGAUUUCCAUUCACCAGUAGGUUUAGAUUAUUUAAUGCAAGACAUUAUUCAACUAAUUAGCAAAGUAAAAGAUUGGUCAUGUGAUUUUACAAUUAAUAAAUUAAAAGAUAACUUUCUAAAUUUUAUUAAUAACUAUAACAAUAAAGAUAAAGAAUGUAAUGUAAAAUGA